AAAAUUUCGUCUCACGUCCAGAAGUUGGUUACACAUAGACUACCACUGAGUAUUGCAUCUCUCUCCAGUUGAUGCUCUUCACGCAGAACACGCGCGACGAUUAUUUGAGCGACCUCGUAUUUUCUCUUUUGGCGCAUUGAAACAUCCGCCGUCAUGCUGUCUCGAUACAUUCUCCAUCUCCCUCGACUUCAUCGAGGUUUUGCUACUCAAGUCGGGCCUAUAUCGACAAUACCCGCGUCAAUUCAUCUUAAAACAGGACAAUCAUUCCAUGGACGUUCUUUUGGCGCUCCUAGGAGUGUUUUUGGGGAGACUGUCUUCUCCACCUCCAUUACUUCUUACACUGAGUCCAUGACAGACCCCUCCUAUCGAGGACAGAUACUCGUCUUUACCACCCCCCUCAUCGGAAACUAUGGUGUUCCCGAUAACACUGCGCCGUCUGACUCUCGAGAUGUUGGUGUGGUGCUCGAGUCCAAGGGAAUACAAUGCUCCGCUAUUGUAGUCGGAGAUGUUGCUGAACAAUUUUCUCACCACUCUGCCGUGGAAUCCCUUGCGUCGUGGUGCAAACGUUACGACGUUCCCGGCAUCACCGGUAUCGACACCCGUGCCAUUACGCGGCUGCUUCGUGACCAAGGCACAACCUUGGGCAGACUUGCCGUUGGGCCCGACGUAUCCCUCCCCCCUCCAACCGCUGAAGAAUACUGGGACCCGACGGCCGAGAAUCUGGUCGACCAGAUCUCGACGAAAACUCCCUAUGUCCUCAACCCCACCGGCUCUAUCAAAAUUGCAGUCCUAGAUUUUGGCGCCAAGGCCAACAUCUUGCGUUCAUUGGUACGCCGUGAUGCUGCCGUCACUGUUCUUCCUUGGAACUACGAUUUCAACGCUGUCCGGGAUCAGUACGACGGAUUAUUUUUGACAAAUGGACCAGGUGAUCCUGCACAUUUUUUCGGUAUCUGUAUGGGUCACCAAGUCAUCGGGAUGGCAGCUGGUUUGGAUGCUUACAGGAUGACAUUUGGCAAUCGUGGGCACAAUCAACCUGUGCUUGCCUUGGCCUCAGCGGGAUCUAUCAAGGCAGGGAGAGUUUAUGUUACUAGCCAAAAUCAUCAGUACGCUCUCAAGCUACAGGAUCCUUUCCCUCAGGGCUGGGAGCCAUUCUUCAUCAACUGCAAUGAUUCUUCAGUCGAAGGGAUCAAGUCAACCAAGGAAUCCGGUAAAAAGGUGUGGGGCGUACAGUUCCAUCCCGAAAGUGCUGGGGGACCUUUGGAUACAAUCGAGAUGUUUACCGACUUCGUUACCGAGUGCCGCGCGCACAAGAUGCAAUUUCAGGAGACAGCCUUCGGUCAUGAUAUAAAGCCUGCUCGGCUUGGAACAAUGGUUGAGCCGCAACGUGUUGCUGUUGCUGCUUGAGCUUGAAAGUUAGAUACAACUUUUGGAAUAAUUAUACCCUGUAUUCUCCCUUACGUCACAUGAUAUUAUCGUAACGAAUGUGAAAUGACACCCUGACCACAACC